AUGUACUGGUCUGCAGGGGAACCAAUGACCAAGGAGGUGGCUUCGAAGACCUGUUUGAAGCAAGCUGAUGAUGAGUUGAGACAGCAGUUGCUUGAGCGGCUGGUGGACACACACCUGAUGAGUCCUUUCCUGCAGCUGUCCUUCAACCAUGACCCGCAACGACUUCCAUUGCGGGAGUUGUCUCAUGGAUCUUGGAGUGAACUCUUCUUGGUCUACAAGAGUUACUGCCGGGUCAAGAAUGAAGACUUCAACCAGGAGGCCAAGAUUUCGGAUCAACUUCUGGCCCACUUCACCCAGACCUGGAAGGUGAUGAAAUCCAUCGACAAAGCCUGGGCAAAGAUGAGGUGCUUGCAGAAGAAGCUGGCACCCUUGUUCAGCAAGAGCGGCCUGGAUUUCCAGAUCGAGCACGUUGAUGCUGCAACUCGUGAGAAAUUGGUGCAAACUUAUGCCAUCCUCAUCUACAUUGAAGAACGCAUAUCGGAGGUGGUGCAUCAGGAACUUGAAGCUGAGCGCAUUGCUGAGCUUGAAUCUUUGGCUGCAGCCAUAUCCAAAGACUUCCCACACAUGGACCGGGCUGUUCGACGGCCUAGCGCCUUGCUGUGCAGUUGUGAUCUGGCCGGGAUCAUGGCUGAUGUGAAAACGGAAGAUGGUGACCCCAUAGAGGAACUCCGAGUGACAGUGAAGAAGAACUUGGGGAAACAUGUAGACGACGUUCUUGGAGACGAAUCUUUGCGUUUCCAGGUGUUGAAGCGCUUGGUUUUGGAUCGUGGGGCGCACCUGGAUCCAAAGCCCACCUUGUCUUUGGUGCCACAAGCUUCCUUGUCAGAAUUCUGGCUACCGCUGACCGCCUUUCAUUUGGGGGAGAGCGCCAAGAAUGGAUACCGACCAAGCGCUGAGUCGGUGGAGACACGCUUCCCCUUUAGUGAUUCCAGCAGGCAGAUCAAAGACUUCUCAGUAUGCUUCAACGACGGUGUGGGUUUUGUGACCAGUGAGAAGCAGAGCCCUUCAGCCUUGGACCUCCUGGGGGCAAUUUCACAAGCUGUGGCAGUGGAGCGCCGGCAGGCUCAGCUCAAACCAGGUGCUUCCAAGGCCCUCAAGGAUUUGAUCAACAAGUGCGUCACAGAAUUCAACAAGCUUACCACUGUGAAGAAACACCGGAUUGACACCACCCGCAAGUCUUUGAUCUACAAUUUGAUGAGGGCUCCUCCAACGCUGGGUGCUAUCCUUCAUGAGCACUAUGACUUGUUCAAGCAUGAAGUGUCAGGUAUGCCCCUGGAUCUACUCCAACAAGACUACUGGGUUCCCGGUGUCACCGCGCGGCAAGAUUCACCCAAGUUUCAUGGCAAAGAAAUGUGGCGGGAGAGCCUCGACAGCGAUCUGGGUGGAAUCGUCAAAGCUGCGGAGCCUUUCGAAUGGGGCAGGAUACCCUUCAUCUUGGAGGUGCGCGGCUCCACGAUGGAGGAUUUCGUUGUCCAGGCCCAGGAUAGGCAAAAGAACGCCUACACCAGAUCAAUGACAGCAGCGUUCCAGAACUGGGUUCAGCAGCUCCAAGCUGACCAGGUCUCAUUUGAGUCUCAGCGAAUCAUGUCCGAGAAGGAGUCUGCCAAGCGACGUGCAAAAUUGGUGAGUCAGCUGGAGGACCUCCACAAGAAGGCUUGGGAGAUGGUUGGCGAGUAUCUAACGGUGAACCUUCGAGUUUUCGGGGGUCUUGCAAAGGAGGCUGAAUCAACUGUGCUUCCGUUGGUUACCAGCUGGACGGAUGAAGCAUUUUCCGACGUACCCGAAUGCCGUGCCAGUGAUGAUCACUGUGUGCUCAUGUGGGCAAAUUUGCCCUCCUGUGGUGUGCUGUCAGUUCAUCGCUAUGACUGGUGCAUCACAUCUAUAUCGAAUGUCCUGGCAAUCUAUCGGAAGAAUGGGAUCGCAGUGCUUGUUCACCCCAACCGUGGACAAGCUGCUGAAAGGAAAAGCAAAUGCAAGGACGAAAGCGAUGACGAUGCCGCCAAAGAAGAGCCUGAUGAUGCGAUGAUGGGCAUCAAAAAGGAUGAGCCAGAUGACGAUGAAGACGGUGAUGCACCUCCAGAGCUGUCAUGCAAUCAGGAGGAUGCGGACAUCAGAGACAUGAAGUACAAGCUGGAGAAAGAUUUGUCGCUGCGAGAGCGCAAUCUGAUUGUGCGCAACAUCACAUGGGUGUUUGACAAAGAGACGGUGUACGGACGCCGUGAAGGUUGCAUCACGGGCCUUGCAGUUUUUCACCGUGACCGAGCAAACAUCUUUCGGACCUCGGCAGGGAUCAAGUCCGCUGUGAUCCAUGAUGUCAAGGCACUUGUACCCCCUUCGGUCCAAACCUGCAUGAUCUUGGAUCUUGUGAGCUACGAUGGGUGGGCAGCACUGGCAGCCCUCGAGGAAGUGGCGGCUGCCAAACGGGUCAUGUGCGGAUCCAUCGUCUUGAACGGCGAUCCUGGUGGAUUGCAGCAGCGAGUUGCCACUGCGCUCUAUGAGUCGUGUCGGGAAGGGAAUGCCGUGCUUCCGAAUUUCCCCAACUUUGAGCCUGUGGUCAAGGCACUCCGUGAGAAUGCGAGCUCUGCCCCACAACAGUCAUACAAGGUUUGUGUGGCCAAGUGUGACCGGCUGGUGAUUUUGCAGUCACUGGCUAGACGCUGGACAGAGUAUGAGGGGUCCAAGGAAGAGGCCACUGCACUGAUUGUGGAGCACAACAAGAACUUCAACGUGGAUGGAGAUUAUCUCGAAGAUGAUGAAAGGCCUGCAGAGCCGGCUGACGGAGAGCGGCCCGCAAAGAAGAUCAAACUGGCUGAUUUGCAGAGCUGCACUGAGGCAGACAUCUCCAGUUUAGCAAAACCGCGGAAGUUGACCAUCAACGGGGCUGCAGAAUUGAUCUCAGAUGAAACGGGAGAGAAGCUCUUUUUGGUGAGCCGGUCUCGCAAUCAGUUUCUGGCAUUCCGUGAGAUGUUUCUUGACCGUAAUUGGGGACUCCUUGAUGUCAUCUUCCAGGGAGGUUUAGCUUCGGAAGCGGUGAGUGAGGAAGCUUUGGAAAUUUCAAGUGAUGCAGAAGGGCGGUGGUUUGCCUUCAACAUCGACUUUAAAAGUCUUGUUCUGAUGGAAAAGAAGGGGGUGCCCAACCACUUGCAAAGUUUGCCAUGCAUCGACAACCCCACGGACUUGGGAACGGUGAUCAGGGAGUUGGAAGAUGCUGGAGAGGUGAAGCUUGGCAUCAGCCACCACUCGCUGAAUGCAGCCCGUGAUCAAAUCACAAUGGAGAAAGCACUGGUGUUUGUUGUGGAACCCCCCAAAAAUGAUGAUGGUGAGGUUUCCUUUCAAAGCUUGAUCCUAGGCAUUCCAACUUGGCGACAUGCUGCGACCCCGCCAGUCCUCUGCACCGUCAGUGUCCCAGUCAGCGUCCCAAUCUUCGAGACCUGCAGCAGUGGAUCACACCAGGGCAAGUGCUGCAUCUGCUGCGUCAUCCCGUCAGCCUGCCGCAUCAGUGGCGACUACUUUGCCACCGCGAUAUGGAUCGUCGGCCGAGGCACCAGGGAUGAUGAUGACGAUGAGGGAAGUGAUGACUUAGUUGGGUUGGACAAUCUGUUACAGUUGGGUGAGGACAUUGUACCUUUUGAGCUUGAAGUUGAAGGGGGUGGCGACACGGAAGUCAUGAUUGAUCAGCCCUGUGUUGAAGGGGGUGGCGACAAGGAAGUCAAGAUUGAUCCCCUCUGCAAUGCCGAAGAGUUGGCAUUUGAUGGUUCCGCUCCCUGGACACAGCUGCAGUGGGACUUUCUGGGGAAUCUGCCAGACUAUACCAAGAGUGACCAGUACAUCGCUGAUGAAUAUCCCACGCAGGAUUAUGUCUUCCCAGAUGAGGAUCUGGAGGGUGGCCCAGAAUAUCCUGUCAAGCUCGUGGGGGGGGAAGAUGGUGAUUCGGAUGUUUUGGUGAUGCCUUCGCCUGAAGAUACGGAGGAGAUCCCACGACUUCGCCGACUUGACGCAAACGAAGAUCUGGGCCUCGUUGAGCCCAAAGCUCUUUUCCAGCAGGAUGGUGAAGAUGAUGGUUUUCCGGGUGUUGGUGAUGAUGGUGCUGCUGCUAUGGAUCUGACGUGUGAGACUCCUUCUCCUAUGUUGGAUGAGGUUGAGGAGUUUCUUCCUGAGCCUGUGGAGUCACCUCUUCCUGAGCCUGUGGAGUCACCGAGCCCCAAUGCCGAAGAUCCCAAUCAGUCCCAGCAAGUGCGGCAACAGCCAAAGCGCAUGCGCAAACCGGCUUCCGCCAAAGCAAAAGCCAAAGCAAAAAGCAGCGCAAAAGCCAAAACCGCACCCAAGAGUCGUGCCAAAACACCGGCAAAGACACGUGCAAAGUGUGGCAGUAGCAAAGCCAAGGCAAAGAGCAAGGCGUGCGCGAAAGCCAACGCAUCACCGAAAGCAACACCGAAAGCAACACCGAAAGCAACACCGAAAGCGACUGUGCGCAAGACAUGUGCAAAAGCCAAGGCAGUAUACUGUGCUGCGUGGCGUGUGGCAAAGGAUGCGGGCUUAUCAUCGCCUGAAUGUGCAGCUGCUGGUGCUGCAGCGCGUCGUCAGUUGCCCUUCUUGCUGAAGAAGUUGAUUGGAAAGAAGCUCGGACCAAGAAUCGAAUCACCUGACCGGAAGGGCAAGUUGCGAUUCUCAUGGAAGGGCGAUGGCAAGCCAGAAAAAGUUGAUUGGGAAGGCCAGCGGAAUCAAUUUGACUGCGCAGUGGAGGAGGGCUUGCAGCAAGUUGUGUUGGUUGGUACCAUGACAGGGACCCAGAAGGAUAGUUUCCUCAACAGCAUCGGUGAAGGAGAUGGAGACCAGAUUGUGAUGUGGAAGAGAAAAGCAGAGGUUUACCUCAUCGACCUCUGCAACCAGACGGAUCCAGUCAGCAAAAAGAGCAAGAUGAAGUACACCAUCAUCCACGCCGGUGGUUUGAGUGACCUUCCCGGUGGCAAGGCGCCGGUGAAGCUGGGCGUGGACGACAAGCUACGCGAGGUGAAGAAUUUGCGGAUCCCACGGGCAGACAUAGCGAAGGCCUGUGUGCAAGCCUUGGCCUGCGACCUGGCAAAGGAUCGCAGCUUCGACAUGUCCUCCAUCGAAGGUGCUGAGCCAAUGGAUCCAUCGAAGGGCUUAGAGAAGCUGCUGCGGGAGAUGGGGGACGUGACAUGCCCGGGUCAGGAUGACAUCCUGACGUCGGUUAAGGAGACCAACUUUGAUCGCUUGCCCUUCUACCCGCGCAAGAGGAUCAGCAUCCCGGCGUCGCCGUUGCCAAGGGAACAGCUCUAUGCUCGACUGCUGCAGGCCUGGCUACAACCGCCCCUGAAAUUUCACUUCAUUUUUGCAUCGCCCAUUCAGGACUUUAAGGCGUACCCAAUCGUGGCAGAAGAGGAUGCCAAAGAGAACACUUCAGCCAAAAAGGAGGUCUAUCAGCGCCUCAAAGGCUGGGUGCUUUGUGACCAGGAGGGUCUGUGUUUGGCAACACUUCGGGAAGAAUGUAUAUAUUUCUUCCAGAACCACCUGCAGAUCAAUAGCUGUCGGACUCGAGAGCGUAUGCAGGCCUAUGUGAAGAAGGCGGAGCGUGUGAGCCAGCUGUUUUUUCAGGUCACCACGGAGGUUUUUGACUCCAUCCUUGAGCCCAAGAGCUAAGUUCCGAGCCCUUGGAGACGCAGAUGUUUUGAACCACCUGCCACGGCCUGUCUAUGGCUGUGUUGUGCUCCUAGGAUACAUGAGACACUCAAUAAAGAUACCAAAGAAGUUGGAACCAGAAGAGUUUUCGUUGAAAAGGUCCAAUCCCACUCUCUCUCUCUCCCUCCCUGGUUCGCUCUCUCUCUCUCUCUCCUAUACCGUACCAAAUUUGGCACAAGGAAAAUAUUCGGCGCUGCAUGUCUGAGUUAAGUUGAGCGCAUUUGUCUCCGCAAUCACCUUGUAAGAACCAGGUGGGAAAGAGACCCCGAC